UCUCUCAAUUCCUUCCUUCCUUCAGUUUCCCCACUUCACACUUCCUUCCUUGCUUACUUACUCUGCCUCUUCCCCUUCUCUUCCGCACGCUCCUUUCCUUUCCCUUUCACUGAUUCCCCUCCCCUGUUCCGGAAACCCACCGCUUCUCUUCCUUUUCAGGCGAACUCCUCCGGCGUGGCCGCAGGAAAAAGCCGAUUUCUUUCCUUCCCCCGCUUUAUAUAUUCCCUUUAUUCUCUCCUAAAACCUCUCCAACUGGGUUUAUCUCUCUCUCUUUCUCUGCCCCUUUUGAGGCAGAGUAAUCCCCCAACAAGAUUUCCGAUUCACUAACGAUUCACCUUGUCAAUCACGACUCUUAUUCCUCCCUUCCCUCCCUACUUUUUUGCCGCUUUUCUUCUUCCUUUUAAUCCCCUUUCCUUCGAUGCCCGGAGAGAUUCCCGAACUCGGAAAUUGAAAAACAGAGGAGGUGAAGAAGAAAAAAACAGAGUACCACCACAAGAGAGAGAAUCAGUCAUGGACGGGAGCUUUCUCUGUCCGGCGAAAUACACAGAGCAUAGAAGCUCUACCAGGAAGUACACGGCGAAGCCGGCGUCGUUAAAGCGGAAGAAGGCGAAUAGCAACGGGUCCGGGUCUGUACCCGACCCGACGACACCGGAGCUGCUCCACCCGCCGAGGGUUGUCCGGAUAUCGGUGACCGACCCGGAUGCGACGGAUUCCUCCAGCGACGAGGAGGGGGAGUUCUUCGGCAGGCAGAGGGUGAAGAGGUACGUGAGCGAGAUCAACAUCGAGCCGGGGUUCAACGAGGUGAGAGCGGCGGUGGAGGUUGGGAAGCCGGCGAGGGAAGUGCGGCCGGCGGUGGCGGCGGUUCAGGGUGGUGAGAGGAAGUUCAGAGGCGUGAGGAGGCGGCCGUGGGGUAAAUGGGCAGCGGAGAUUCGGGAUCCGGCGAAGAGGGUUCGGCUCUGGCUGGGGACUUACGAUACCGCGGAGGAGGCGGCGAUGGUUUAUGACAACGCCGCGAUUAAGCUCCGGGGACCCGACGCGCUGACGAAUUUCGUCAAUCCGGCUGUGAAGGGGGAAGAAACAGAGGAGGAUAAACAUCAAUCCUCCGGUUACGACUCCGGUGAUGAGUCACACAACAACAACAACAUCGCAUCGCCAACCUCUGUUCUCCGAUUCAGAAGCCAAUCCGCUUCGGAGUCCUCCGAGCCGGAAAACAACAAGCCCAUUCCUCCGACGCCGAAUUCAAUCGAGCCGGAGGAGCCGAUGUCUCUGCUUCUCGCCGAGCCAGUGGGAGAAGACGAGGCGACAGCUGGACUCCAAUUCCUCCAGGAGUGCGAGGGCGAAAACAGCGGCGGCGGCAACCUCUACUCCUGCUCCGACGACUACUUCGACCAGUACCUCCUCGCGCCGGAGCUCUCGUUUUUAGAAGACUCUUCUUCUUCGCCCUCGCCGUUUGUCGCCGACGAUUUCUUCAACUUCACCGCCUGCUGCUCCUCGCCCCCGACCAACGAAAUCGUCGCCAGCGGGACCGCUCUACUAAAACAGAGCUUCUCCGACGGUGGGUUCUGCGACGGCGACAUUUUCCUGCCGGACAUCACCCAAGACAUGAUUGUUGGAUCCGCCGCAGCGGCGGCGGCGUCCGCGUUCCAAGAGAACAAUGACGACGACUAUUUCCAAGACAUUGGUGACCUUUUUUUCGCGGAACCUCUUGUGUCCCUUUGAGAAACCCAGAAUAAAAAAGAAAGGGAAAAAAAAACCCCCCGAGUUGUUGUUGUUGUAACAGUCCUGCCGCCGGUUGGUUGCCGGUAAUCGUCGGCAAGUUUUGUUCAACCGGCGGUGAAAAGGGACUGUAACGACUGAGUGAUGAUCGGCUAUGGCUAGAUUUUUUUUUUUUUGUAAUUUCUCUUUUAUUUAAUGAUUAAUUUGUUUAUGAGUAAAUUAAUGUCAGUGAGUGAGUGAGUCAGCUCUCCGUCAAAGUUAACGGAGCGGGGUGACGGUGAAGUUUUGUUGAGAAAUGUUUAAUUAUAAAUAAAUAUAUGUCAAAUGC